AUGUUCACGCGUGACAGCCAAGCGUUAACGUUUCGAAAUGAUAAGCUAAUUCAAAAAACUGUUCGUUUACUUAGUCUUCAAAGUAUUUUACCAUUAUUAGAACAUUUAAACAACUGCUUGCAUGAAACUGCAGAAAAAGGACUUAUUGCAUCUAAAUGGUUAAGAGUUGUAUUAAGUACCCAUACGUCCUAUUUAAUGACAUGUCCCGAUAUAAGUGAACGUUUGGGUCCAAUGUAUGAAUUAAUUGAAGCUCGUACACGAUUAUAUCCAAAAUUGUCUCGUUUACAUGGGAAACUGAUGCUUAUAGCUUCACAAAUGACAACACAAAAUGACAUAUUGACAACAGAUGAAAUAUCAUCCCGACCGAAACUAAUAUUUGAAGAAUUAUCUGACGAGGAUGAUGAUCAAGUGGAAGAUGAUAUCGUCCCAAGUCCAUCUGAAUACGAAGAUUAUAGCGGUCUAUCGGAUGAUUUGGAUUUAUUGAAUGACGAAGAAGAUGAUGAUGAAAAUUUUGAUGAGGAAGAGGAUAAAUUAGAGAAAAACAAUGAUAGCGACAAUGAAGAAAUGUUAUUAGAAAAUGAUGAUACAUUGUUUAAUCAUAAAUCGAACUAUAUCAAUCAUCUGUCGAAUAACAACAAUAAUAAUAAACAUAAUGGUAGUGAUUUUGAAGACAACGAAGACGAAGAGGAUAUAAAGUGA